UUUUCCUUCCUAACACACUAACCCUGGUCCCAAUAGACAUCUUAUCUACCUCAGCAUCUUGAAAAUUUUCCAAUUAUUUCAUCUUUUAAAUAUUUAACUUUUCCUUGAACAAAGGAUUCAUUGUUUGCACCAAUUUUGUGAAAUCCAUGGCCAAGACUGGUAGAAUCUGCCACCUAUUGCUAAGAUUCUUGGCCUUCUCGGCCACCUUGUCUGCAGUAGUUGUCAUGGUUUCUAGCCAUGAAAAAGCUAGCUUUUUCACUGUUUCCUUUGAAGCAAAAUAUACCAACUCUCCUGCCUUCAAGUACUUUGUGAUUGCAAACUCUAUUGUAACUGUCUAUGGAUUUUUCGUCCUCUUUCUUCCAGCAGAAAGCUUGCUCUGGCGACUUGUGGUCGCCAUGGAUAUGGUGUUGACAAUGUUACUUAUCUCAAGCAUCUCUGCAGCUUUGGCUAUAGCUCAAGUGGCAAAGAAUGGAAACAAUUAUGCUGCUUGGCUACCGAUUUGUGGUUCAGUUCCCAAAUUUUGCAAUCACAUGACAGGAGCUUUAGUCGCUAGUUUCAUCGGAGUCAUUAUAUAUUUGAUUCUUCUGUUGCAUUCCAUUCAUACUGUCCUUGACCCUCUCCUUUUGAGAAAAACUUGAGCAGCAUCUUGGACCUUUGAACUCACUUUGGUUGGUCUAGUGAUAUUGGUUUGGAAUCUGGAAGUGUGCUCCUCCUCAAGGUCUCAGAUUCGAUUCUCCCUGAUGCCAAUUUGAGGGAGUUAGUUUAACUUCUUAAAAAAAAAAAAAAAUCUUGAAUCUUUGGUCAGUGUUUAGCGUUUGAUGAUGAAAAAUCACCUUCAAUACCGACUUACAACCUAUUUUGUAGUUGCCACAUUCAUCACUCAAGUGAUAUUUUGCAAUUUUUUUUUAUCUAUAUUUAUAUCUAUUUAUAGAUGAAGAAGAUAGAAGAUUUUGAUGUGAAUAUUUUCUUUUUUGAUUAUACCUUUAUAAGCAUCAGACGUCAAAGCAAGUAUAAAUGUGUCGGUUUUUUCUCUUUAAGUGAUUAAAGUAAUAGAAGUCGUGAAAUUUUAUCCGAUUAUUUAAAAA